UGUGUUUGUUGCCUCUUGAUAUGUCCGUAUUCAUUCUUUGAAAAAAAAAUGCAAAUGUCCGCAAAAAUAAUAAAAUGGUCAUUUUGACUUUUAAUUUUAAUAUUAAUCAUGGUGAAUAAACUUAAUAAGACCGCUAUACAAGCUCAUAAUGAACUUAGAGCGUUGCAUGGUUGUCCGAAAAUAAGUUAUGAUUCAAAACUGGCUAGUGAUUCUCAAAAGUGGGCUGAACACUUGGCUUCAACAAAUUGUAUGCAGCAUAGUAAAGCAGAUGGAUAUGGUGAAAAUUUAGCAUUUCAAAUGUCUACAGCCGGUGCAUCACUGAAUGGUCGUGAAGCAACUCGAAAUUGGUACGAUGAAAUUAAGCAACAUGAUUUCAAUGGACAAAAUCAACCUGGGACAGGACAUUUUACUCAAGUAAUUUGGAAGUCAACUAAUAAAGCAGGAUUCGGUUCUGCAUUCUCCAAAGAUGGAAAGAAAGUGUACGUAGUGGGGCGUUACAAACCAGCCGGAAAUAUAAUUGGUUAUUAUGCAGAUAAUGUACCGAAACCAAAGAAAGCGCCUCCACCAAUGAAAUUAUUAAUUUAUAACACACGAGUUGUUACAAAAUAUGUGUUUAGAUUCCCAUGAUAGUGAAGAAACAUCAGUAAGACCAGGGAGUUCUUUAAGCUGGAGGUGUGCUGGUGAAUCGUAAACUCCUUUUCUAUUUUAAUCCUUAUCUGCACAAAGGGAAAAUUUGUUAACAGUUACUUUCAAAAAUUAAUAGACUCCUUGAUAAAUUACUGAUCUCUACAAUGCAAAAUGUCUCACCCUAUUUGGAUCUUAUUCACUUACAACUCCAUUAAACCUGUGUUUAAGAUAAUUCUUAGUUUAUGUUGUUUAGUAAAGAGGAUAGAUUCCUGAUCACUAUAGUGUUAGUCAAGAUGUAAAGAACAUGAGACAACUUUAAACGUGUUUUUGAAUUUAAUAAUCAAUUUUCUACACAGCAGUGAAGCUGAAUAAGAUGUUUCUAGUUGCUAUGAUAAGAUCACCAAGCGAGAAUUCAAUAGUAGCAUUUUGUCAUUUACCUUGAAGAAGCUAAUAGAAAACAAGUCAUUUGGAUUUACAAGGGUCGUAUUUAAAUCGUCAGCAAUAAGCAAAACAGGCUUUUUUAAGUUCUUAAAGUUUAUGAAAAUAGAAGGCAUACAUAAUAGGAUGGGGCAAAUGAUAUAUUUUAGGAACUUAAUUGAAUAUAAUGUAAUAGGUAACAGAUGUCCUUUGAAGUUUCCCACAAACAUCAUCUGUCAAUCGCUCCGUCAUUAAAUGAUCUGUUGCUUGAUUUAGCUAGUAACAUGAUAUUGGAAUUCAAAAUCUAUCUGGUAAGAAGGAGGACAAAUUUCAUAGGAUGAUCUCUUUUGUUGAAUAAUCAGUACUUAUGAGUUUAAUAGCAGGACUUAAUUCUCAAAUCAGUGAAUCAUCCGUUAAUUCAAUAAAUUCAUCUUAACGUCAACACAUUCGCUGACUCAUCACAACUUUGAAGGAUAAUUUCACUUCGAAGAACUCUGUCUUGCUGAAACAUGAUGACAUUAACAUUUAUAUAUCAAUCAAUUCCAGAGAUGAAUCACACCAUCUUGUAAACUAUGGAAACUCAACGUAACCUAAAUUUCAACUAGCUUGCCCAUCAGUUAAGAUCUUGACGCUUAUAAAAACUUAUCUAGUCUAUAUUAAGGUCAAAACAUACCGUUUUAGUUUUUACAAUAAGUAAGAGAUUUCUAUAUGGAAAAAUUCAGAACUAAAUUUAAAUGGUAGACUUAUCUAUCACUGCUUAAUUCACACACUCCUCAUUAACUUAAAACAUUUUGAGUAUAUCCUAUAAUAAAUUAAACUGAUAUUUUCUGUUAGACCUAUAAAAGUACCUUACUGUUUGUUUAUCAUACUGAGUGAUAAUAAUGUUAAUUUGAUUAUGAGUGAUUAUCUUAACUGGUUGGUAGAAUGGAUAAAUCAGAGGAUAGUUCCUUAGGAGGAAGUACGAAAGGAUCCAGUGGCAAAUUACAUGAAGU